UUUGUAUGUUUCAAUCUAAUAACUCAAUAAUUUUACCCUAGUAGUGGAACCGUGAAGGUAAUAGCAGAUGCCAAUAGUUUACUCAGCUGGUUAUAUAACUAUCCUAAAAACAUACGAUAUGAAUUAAAAUUAUUUUUUCAUCGUCCAAAUAUCAGUGAAGCUUUAUAGUAGGUACAUAGAUCUUACUCACAUUGGCUGUUAUAUAAAGUAUAGAAUUCUUUGUGUAAAAAUAGUUAUUACCUAUACUUAAAUAAUGCAUUUUUAUGUUGAACCAUUAUAAAUUAUGCCAGUGCCAAAUGAAAAAAACGAAACAAUUAGUCAUAAAAAACGAAGAAGAUGGUCACUAAUUGGAAUUUUAUCAAAAAAAAAGAAAUUAAAAAAAAGUCAAGAGAGUGUGGACUUCUGUCCAUAUGAUGGAAAAAUAAAUCAAAAAGUGGCACAAAACAACCACCUAAAACGUUCUACUGACUGUCUUAUCGAGCAAUACACUUGUAGUCCCAGGCAAAUAAGAAGAUGUAAUUCAUUACAGUAUACAAAUCACAUGUCCACGUAUCCAAAUAUUAACAGCCAAUCUACAUCAAACGAAUGGAAAACAUCACAACAAUCCGUAUAUAGCUCUAGUUCAAGUGCUUGCUACAGCGAUAUCGGUGUGUAUAGAAGUUGUGGAAAUAGUAGCCAAUCGUCACGUUAUAUUAAAGAAGAGAACGAACAAACGCCUUCAGUUUUAAAAAAUGUACCGUUAAGAAGUUCGUCUGAUAUUGGAUAUUACCAAUAUAAAACUAACCAUACUAACUAUAGUAAAAAACACCCUAAAUUAUACGUAAAUCAGGCCAGAUUAAUUGGUAAGAAGAUUCCACCUCCCCCUCCUCCGAGAGACCCUAAUAUUACAACGGUUUAUUAUUUUAGAAAUAAUAGACUCAUGUCUCGAGAAUCAAAUUCGACAUAUUUUACACAGGGGUYUAAUGAUAAUAUUCCAGAUAAAGWCGAGACUCAUGUAGAUAAUACUGGAUGUCGAAAAGAAAACCAUAUAAAAGAACCGCCUAGAAGUAGACGACCCAUUCAAAUCUGUGACGUUGAGACUCUGUCGUCUGAAUCUGAAAAUUCCGUACCAAAAAUGCAAACCGUUGAAGAAGCACUUCAAGAACUGGAAGACAUGUAUAACAGUUUAGGACUAAGUGACGAGGAUUUACUGGACAGAGCUGAACGACGUGACCUUCCUACAGUACAUCAAAACAUGCGAUACCAAAGUUUCGACGAGCUGGACUGUAUAACUGUGAAAAGAGCAUUGCCCAAGACCCGGCGGUCAGGCGUACCUAAUAUUAUAUCUGAUGACAUGGCUUACAGAAGGCUGAAUAAAAAAGAAUCUAAACAGCAAAGCUUUAUUCCGGGAAGUUUCCUCUUAGUUUUACCRACAGUUUAUAAUCUCGAUAAAAUACCUAAACCGUCGUCCGGAGAGCCUGACAUUACACUGGAUGACGUUGUUUUCAGAAGCCAGCGACAACACCUCAACUUUCUAAAGAUUUCUGAUCCGCAACCGCCGUUUGGAAUACCUUUAGGUCCGAUCGUAAGUGCCGCUCCCACUGAUUAUUUACACGCGGUGCCUGAAGGCCGUUAUAAACCUUCGUUCCACCCUAGAAAAAUACCGGACACUGUUGAAGAUGAUUUAGCAUUUAGGUCUCUCAGAAAAGACCAUAAGUUUAAAACUUGUAUUGAUUUUUCUUUCGUUCAUAGAAAUCGAUUUARAAUUGAUGACCUAAUUCCUAAACUGGAUAAUAAUAGAAUAAAAAACGAUACUCAUUGGAUUAUAAAUAAAAGACCAUCUGAUUACAGUUACAAUAAAAAAAAUGAAACGAAACUUUUAUAUGAUUCUAUCAUAGCUGACAACCAACAAAACUUGAUGGUAGUCAAAAUAGAUCAUCAUAAACCAAUUAUGCUGACAGGAUUCACUUUUAGCGAASCCAAUCAAUUGAGUAAGUCGCUUUUUUGCACGAACUUAUUACAGCAUGAUCAUCAUAAAUUAUGUUUAACGAAUGACACUUGUAUUGCAAAAGAUGCACCACCGUUAAAAUUAAAAUUUAUUCGUCCGUUAUCGAACGAACGGAACGUAAAUAAAGCAUCGCCCGUUGCUCUAAAGUGCUCUAAAAGUUAUCACGCUACAAAUUAUGCAACCGACAAUGUAAAAUACGCGGCUAGGAAAACACCUAGCGCGUCCACGCAAUYCACAAAUUUAGGUUUGACGUACAAGAGCGUUAACAAUAAAAACCAACCGAAUUUCAGAGAGCUCAUCAAACGUGAGUACGCCCAUAGGUAUCUACGAUCGGCUGAUAACAGAUCUAACGAUGGUUUCAUGGUGGUAGGAAAUAAACGCGUACAAGACGAAAAUAUAAAAUACAAAGUUACUAAAUAUAACGAAGAAAAUAAAACCCGUGUCUGUGCCAUAGUCAAGCAACCAGACAAUACUCUCUCAUCCGCCGUCGCCAAUCCAAAGACCGAUCGCCUACACAUUGGCAACGGACCUACACGUGUGGUGUUCAAUUCAGCCGUUACUUCUCCUGCAAAUGCAGCAUCCGAAAACCGAACCGAAUUUUCUAAUGAUAAACAACUUAGUAAAGACUUUUUAUCAUUAUCAUCAUCAUCUUCAUCGUCAUCAUCCCUAUCUAUCGCUAGUGUGCCGUCGACGGAGUAUCCAAACCGUAUGCCCGGAUAUCUGGAGGUGUGCUUGUACAUCACAAUAUAUAUGUAUCAAUUAUUUAGUGUAAACGCGUUCGGCACUUUUAUAGCGUUGAUCUUUCUCAUAACUUUACAUCUGUGUAGACGCUUUUCGUGAAGUUAUAAUACGCUCUUGUACAAUUUUGUUGAAUUAAUAUUUAAGCUUUUUGUCGCUUUUUUUAUUUAUUUACUACCAUAAUUAUAACUAUUAUUAUUAUUACU